AUGCACUACAACAACAAGAAGAUCCUGACGGCAAGGGUCGAAAAAGUGCAGCUCGUCGACAGAUGGGGUGGCGAGCAGAACAUUGUCGGCACGAUACACGCAACUUCAAGCCACGUCAUCUUCAAGGCCGAGACAGGAACCAGAGAAAUUUGGUUGGCGAAUGGCUUGAUCGGUGCCGUGGAACGGGGUGCACUUUCUGCGGCUGGCUGCCCACUAGUGAUUCGGUGUAAGCAUUUCAUGCAGAUCCACUUGUUGAUCAACCGGGACAAGGCCUGCCAAGAACUCUACGAGACACUUUUGAAAGUCUGCAAACCAACUAACAUCGAGAACGUGUUCGCGUUUGAAAACCGUUGCUUGAGCGAAGACGUACGUGGCUGGAAUCGUUUGGAUUGGACUUCGGAAUUUUCAAGACAGGGCGUCUCCUCCAGCUGGACACAGACCGACAUAAAUAAGGGCUACAAGUCGUGUGAUACAUACCCUGAGAAGCUCUGGGUCCCUACCGCUGCUCGAACACCCGUGCUAGAGGGGGCGAUCAGCUUCAGGAGUCGAGGCCGCCUGCCAGCACUCACUUAUUUUUACAAGAAAAAUGGCGCCGCUUUGUCUAGGUGUGCACAACCGAAUUCCGGCUUUCGGGCCCGCUGCAUGGAGGACGAGACGCUGAUGUCGCUGAUAGGAAAGGCAAACCCACAACACGACAUUGUCUACCUAAUCGACACCCGGCCAAUGGUGAAUGCGAUGGUGAACAAGGUACAGGGCAAAGGCUACGAGGACGAGCGCAACUAUUCCAACAUCAAGCACCAAUUCUUCGACGUCGAGAACAUACACGUGAUGCGGACAUCACAGCAGAAAUUGGUUGAUGCAUGCGGUAAAUGCCGAAACGUCAACGAAUACCUGAAAGCCGUCGAAUCAUCCGGGUGGUUGAAGCACGUGAGAGCGGUCGUUGAAUGCUCAAUGUUUAUCGCGGAAAGCUUGUCGAAAGGUAUUUCCUGCGUUGUACACUGCUCCGAUGGCUGGGACCGGACAUCGCAAACGGUCAGCAUUGCCGAGCUUCUCGUCGACCCAUUCUACCGGACAAUCCACGGAUUUGAGGUCUUGAUCGAGAAGGACUGGCUGGGCUUUGGUCAUAAAUUUGACGACCGGUGCGCCCAUGUCGGUGCCAACAAUGAUGAAGCGCCAAAAGAGGUAUCUCCCGUCUUUUCUCAGUGGCUGGACUGCGUGUGGCAGAUUUGGAAGAUGCGCCCGAGGGCUUUUGAGUUUAACGAGAGGUUUUUGAUUGAGCUUCACGAACACGCCUAUUCCUGUCAGUUUGGCACGUUCCUGGGAAACUGUGAUUGCGAUCGUAAGAGCCUCUCACUUUCGACAAGGACGAAGUCUCUCUGGACAUAUCUCGAUUCCCGGCAGGACGACUUCUUGAACCCGUUUUAUGAUGCGACGCUCUACGACAAUCUGAUCGACAUCGACACGCGUGCCGCCUCGUUUUCAGUAUGGCAGGGGCUGUACAAUCGAUUCGACGACGGCAUCUUGCCGCGCGAGGACAUUCAAAGCUCAACAAUGUCUUCCAUGGAGCACGUCGGCAUCUUGGAGGCGCAUGUGGCGCAGUUGAGAAAUAAGCUGGCCGAGCUGAAGCAGCAACUCGGCAAGGGCGCCGCCAUCGGGAUGGUGGACAGUGGCCAUGGGUCGAGUAGCGGAAAUGAGGGCGCGGAUGGCGCGCAAAGUCCGCUCAGCUACUCCCUGUGCGGCUUUGGCGAGGAGAGCGGCUACUGCGAGGGCCUGCUGCAACCAGUCGCACUCCGAUGGACCUCGGAGCGUGAUGCUUCUGCCUGUGCUUCCCCGAAUUGCGGCUUCGAAUUCAACUCGCGCGGGGAGCGGCGCAUGCAUUGUUAUCGUUGUGGAAAGAUAUUUUGUCGACGCUGCGUCCGUGUCACUAGCGACGAGCAAGAGCGCGUCUGUAUUACCUGCACGUCCGCCCAGAGCGGCAUCCAACAUACA